ACUAGCGUAUAGAAACCAAGUAGGAUUUUUUACAUACAGAAAAACAUAUAUUGUAUUUGCUGGUGGAGAAAAAAGUUUCAGAUUGUGGUUUGGUUAGCUUAAUCUGAAUGUCUAGUUUAGAGACAAAAUGGGAAGAAAUAAAAAGUCAAAGUGGAUGGAGAGAGAAAAGAGACAUUUUAAAAGAAUAAGAGUGACCAAGGACAAUCCAGAAUGUAAAACCGACAGAGUACAGGCUCCUAUUAAAGACAAAGAAAAUGUUAUCCAAACAACAAAGUGUGGGACAAGGUUUUCAAUGGAAGCUAACCAUUCUAAGUUAUGGACAGAUAAUCUUCGGUUGGCAGACAGAAUAAAAACGAAGAAAACGAUUGAAAAUUGUCUUUCAUCUACUUGCAAUCCCAUUAACUUGGUCUACAAUGAUGUAACAUCACAUCAAGAUAAAACUAAUGUGAAAAGGAAGCUCAAAACAUCUAAUGAUAAUGUUUCAUUAAAACAGUGGUUAACAACUAAAGACGUAGUAAGGGAACGAGACACAUCAUUACAUCACCUGCCAGACAAAGAAAACAUAAUUCCUUAUAAAAACUCUGAAGAUGAAUCAGGUUGGAUAUUCCUAUUUGAUGAAUCGCAGCAAAAUUGUGUUGACAGCCACUUCUUUGCAACACUCCAGGACCGGUUUUCGCUCGCUCUAUCUAGUUUCACAAGUGUUCUGCAAGUAGAUAAAAGUAGUUUGAGGUUCUUUGAAAACAUUAGGAGUUCCUUGAACAAAGUUGCAUCAGAUGCUCAACUUGAAGAAAACAAACAUGAUAUCUCUGAUGCACGGAUAGAUAGGAUUUUGCCAGAAACCAGAUCUAAACGAUUUCAUCUAGUAUCACCAAAUGAAGUGGGAUUUGAGAAAUGCAUACCCCCCAAAAAAAAGCUGAUGUUAGAAGAUUUAAUAAAAACAAUUCAACCUGAUGUCAGUGACAAACCAAGCUGUACAAAUAUGUCAAAUGUUCAAAUUUAUAAUUUGCAACAUUCAAGUUAUAAAGCAAAUGGCAGCUGGAAUAAUGAAAUAGGAAAUUUACCUCUGGAUAUAAUAUUUAGUGAAGAUAGUGAAACUGAAAUGAAGCAGUUUAGCAACAACUUGUGUGAAGAAAGUAAUGACUUCGACUCACCACUUAGCAAUGUCUCAUUCUUACAACAUAGAAAACCACGUUUUCUGUGCGAUUUUAAUGGGCGGCCUUCUCACUAAUACCAAAGGUGUUCUCGUACGCCUUUUCUCCUUAUUUUCCGGCGCCGGAAUUAUUUCUCCGGCAUAGUUGGUUAGUGCACCUGCCUCUAAUCUAGAGGUAAUGGAUUCAAGGCUUGUCGCUGCUACCAUUGCAUGCGUAUGCUUCCUUGGGCAAGACACUUAACGACAAUUGCUACAGCCCAGUAUUCACUAAUGGGUUGUCCAAGUUAUC